GAAUUAAAAGAAGAAGAUAAUAAUAUAGUAUUAGAAAAUGAAGAACUUUUUCCUACAACAUUAUUACAAGAAGAAACUUUAAAAUUAGAACAAACAUUAAUGAUACCAAAAGGAGUAUCAAAAGAAUUUUAUGAUCAUUAUAUGGAAAUUUUUAACAAAACUUUACCAACAACACCAUUACAUGAAUUUCCAAGACGUGGAAGAUUAAAUAAUUUAAUUUAUCAUAUUAAAACACGUGAAGAGGCUUUAUUACUACUGAAAGUAAUUCCUCAAUGGCGUAAAAAAUUAUUACCUAUAACAUCAGUAACAACUCGUUUAUUAAUUAUAAAAUGUUGUGAAUUUAAUGCAGUAGAUGUUGUAUUUAAUAUGUUAAUUGAUAGAAUGAAAUAUGCAUUAUUACCUAAUAGAGAAGGAUUUAGAUUAAUUAUGUUGACUUUUGCUAAUAAAAUUAUUGAUCCAACAUCAGAGGAUGAAAUUCAUUCAGAUAAUAAGCAAGAAAUAUUAGAUAAUCUUUAUAAAACUUUUGGAUUAAUGGAAUAUUAUGAUGUUUCUCAAUAUGAUGCUUAUAUUUAUACUAUUUUAAUAUCAACUUCUUUAAAAUUAAAUAAUUUGGAUAGAGUUGAUAUAACAACUUCAGAAUUCUUGGAAAAUUUUGAUAAGAUGAUUUUAGAAAUAAGUCCAAUUUCUUUUAAUGAGAAAGAAGAAAAUGAAUUAAAAAUACGUAAUGAUAAAUUCUUUGAAUAUAAUAUUGAAUCAAGAAUAAGUAGAUUAAAAUCUUGUAUUGAGAUGGUUAAUAUAUUGGAUAAAUGGUAUACUGAAACAAAACAAGAUACGAAAAAGGCCGAAAGUUUUAGAAAUUUAAAAGAAAAUUGGGAUAAUGAAAUAAAGAAAUUACAAAAUUCUUCGUCUUAAUUCAGUAUUACUUGUCAUGGGGAGAGCGUGUAUAUAAGCUAUUACGCGUUAUAUACGCG